UCCGAUUGCAGAAUAUAUUUACGUGUCUAGGGAGUACUUGAGCAGAUCACGGGGUUCUGCUCACAUCGAUGUCCAGACUCCCCACCAAAACUGUUGUGCAGCUGUACAUGUAUCAAGUCCUGAGACGCAAAUAUGGCAUCCGAAGCCCCAAACAAUACUGAUGGUCCCCCCUGUCCUAUGGAAAUACCUGUCUCUGAGGUCUACUUUGCAGGAAUAUCUACUGUGGAAUUAGCUCUUGUUGCUGUGGGUGGAGUCGUUGCUCUAGCUAAUGUCAUCAUGUUUCUGGAAACCAGCUGGUUUAUAUUCCAACACUCCAGAAGUCAGAAGACAAUGACUCUGUCCAUCUGGAUGACCGGCGUACAUCCUGUGUUUUCAUUGGCUGCCGUGGCAGCUGUGUGCGUACCGCGAUGUACCAUACUGGUGGACCUGAUGGCGGCCACCUACCUGGCCUUCUGUGUGUGGAACUUCAUUCCAAUGCUGAUGCACUAUCGGGGAGGAGAGCAUGCCCUGAUCAGCCACAUGUCAGGGGAGACAAUCAACCUUCGCAGCCCACCUGUGGCCUGCUGCUGCUUCUGUUGCCCCAAGAUAGAAGUAAACAAAAAGAACCUCCUCAGAAUUAAGAUGACUGUUUUACAAUUUGCCGUAUUUAGACCGAUCUUGGUGCUUCUUACUGCUGCACUGUGGACUGAUAAGAAAUAUAUUCGGGGAGUGAUGAUGCCCAAUCAGCCCUUCAUGUACACAAACAUUAUGAAUGGUGCGUCCACCCUUAUAGCAGUGUACGGCUCGAUCCUCUUGUUCGAAGCCACUAGGAAACAAUUGAAGGCGUUCAACAUUAUCCCAAAGUUCAUCAGCUUGCAGGUCGUUCUUGCCAUCAGCGACCUCCAGACGUUGGUCUUUGAUCUUCUGGCCAGCAACCAGCUGCCCCCUUGUACAGACACCCUACCCUCUAAUGCACGAGGCGAUGUUUGGAACCAUUUGAUUCUCAUCGUGGAAAUGUUCCUGCUGGCGCUGCUUUCCCGGCAUGCAUAUCGCAGGGCAGAGGGAUCACAGGUGAUCACAGAUAUAUACCUAGAAGACAAAAACAAUCCAAAGAAGAACGGAAAUUCUUCCCUAAACACCGACAGCAACACAGUGAAAGACACCAGCGGUGGAAGAUCGGGGGACUAACGGAAACACGUGUUUGGGCAGGACACAGAAGCGUGUUUCACAAAACGUCUAUUGUUAAUUACUGUAGCUUACAUUCAUAACAGCAAUUAUAUCUUUGUGAAACAAGUCCACGCCUCAUGAUAACUGGAUCACUAUCUUUGAAGUAAAGCCACGGUGGCUAUAAAACCGUUUGAUUUGAAAUUGACAGUCACCACCCCGUGAAAAUGACUACUGAUACUCUUGAUUGUCAAGAUAGACUGUUAACAUUAUACGUAACAAAUACGUAAAGGUGCAACUUUAAGUUUUUCCAUUUUGACGGGAGUUUAAAGUGAUUAUAUAACUCCUGCUGUACGAUGUGCAGUUGUUUUCAAGGAAUCCUGAAUACAUUUAAAGUUUCCGAGGUUUAAUGAUACCAAUACACUAAUACUCGGAGUAGCAUUGUCCCAAUUAUUUCGAGUUCUAAGCAUGUGACGACCCAAACAAUUUCAUUAAUGUUAAGGACAUCCUGUUCAAAAUGUGGCUUUAAUCUGAGUUAAAUGCACAUGUGACAGUCGCUUAAAUAUUCCCCGAGAUUCACUGCAAUUGUGUGAUAUUGUGAAUUAAUAAUAGUUUAGUUUUACGCCGCACUCAGCAAUAUUCCAGCUAUAUGGCGGCGGUCUGUAAAUAAUCGAGUCUGGACCAGACAGUCCAGUGAUCAU